UCCCGCUGUGUGACAGCUUUCGGAACCAAUGGGCAUGUCGCCCGCUGCCUAUAAGAGUCGGCUGGGCCCCGGGCGACAAGCUUUAGGGUCGGUCGGUUGACUCCUUCGUAGGUGUACCCUGGGUUUGCCUCGCCGUACCUGCCGUCCGGUCCCUGCAGCCGCUCCCCGCGCCUUGGCUUCGGCCCAGCCGCUCUCCCUGCCCCCCUCCCCUGAACCACCCCCCGGUUUCUGCCGUCGGGGCCCCGGGGCCGGGCUGAUGAUGCCGUCCGAAAGCGGAGAUGAGAGUCCGGACCAUGCAGCUGCGCAGGUGGGGACGGCUGCGGCCUCAGAGGUGGCCACGGCCGCCCAGACAGGCGACAGCCCGGAUCCAGAGGCCUCAACAGCCUCCCUCGGACGGCACCUGAGUGGGCUGGGCUGGCCACAGGUGAAGCGACUGGACGCGCUCCUGAGGGAGCCGAUUCCCAUUCACGGACGCGGCAACUUCCCUACGCUGAGUGUGCAGCCCCGGCAGAUCGUGCAGGUUGUCCGCAGCAGCCUGGAGGCACAGGGACUGCGUGUGCAUGGUGUGCGGCUGCACGGCUCAGCUGCCAGUCACGUGCUGCACCCCGAGAAUGGGCUGGGCUACAAGGACCUGGACCUAGUGUUUCGUGUGGACCUGCGCAGCGAGGCGUCCUUCCAGCUUACCAAGGAGGUGGUGCUGGCCUGCCUGCUGGAUUUCCUGCCGGCCGGCGUGAACCGGGCCAAGAUCACACCACUGACACUCAAGGACGCGUACGUGCAGAAGCUGGUGAAAGUGUGCACAGACACGGACCGCUGGAGCCUCAUCUCGUUGUCCAACAAGAGUGGCAAGAACGUGGAGCUCAAGUUUGUAGACUCGGUCAGGCGCCAGUUUGAAUUCAGCGUAGACUCCUUCCAGAUCAUGCUGGACUCCCUGCUGCUCUUUGGCCAGUGCUCAUCCACGCCCAUGUCUGAGGCCUUCCACCCAACGGUAACAGGCGAGAGCCUCUACGGGGACUUUGCGGAAGCCCUGGAGCACCUGCGGCACCGCGUCAUCGCCACUCGCAGCCCGGAGGAGAUCCGCGGUGGCGGCCUCCUCAAGUACUGCCACCUCCUGGUACGUGGCUUCCGGCCGCAACCCAGCACCGAUGUGCGUGCCCUGCAACGCUACAUGUGCUCCCGCUUCUUCAUCGACUUCCCAGACCUGGUGGAGCAGCAGCGCACGCUGGAGCGCUACCUGGAGGCUCAUUUCAGCGGGGCCGACUCCGCCCGCCGCUAUGCCUGCCUGGUGACGCUGCACCGGGUGGUCAAUGAAAGCACUGUGUGCCUCAUGAGCCAUGAGCGCCGCCAGACACUGGACCUCAUCGCCACGAUGGCGCUCCAGGCACUGGCUGAGCAGGGCCCGGCUGCCGCUGCCGCCCUGGCCUGGCGCCCUCCAGGCCCCGAUGGGGUUGUACCUACCACUGUCAACUACUACGUGACCCCUAUGCAGCCUCUGCUGGCCCGGGCCCACUCCUGCUACCCCACCUGGCUGCCUUGUAAUUGACUCGGACCCUGGCCAAAGGGACUGAGCCUCCUCAGAUGGAGCGGGGCCUCCUGGAGUGUGUGGAGGACAUGACCAGAGACAGGUGGCUCAGCACUGCUGCAGGGUUGGGCUUUUGACUGAACAGACCAGACGCCCCUGAGUGAGGCCCCUGAGGGCUUAAGACCAAACUGGGGUUCUUGGCAAAUGGACCCUUUGCUUAUUGUACCACACUUUUAGACCUGCAUGAUUGUGGGGUACAGGAGCGGUUUGUCUUGGGGGUCAAUUGCCUUCAGGAGAUGAAACAUGUUUGGGGAGGUAGCCUCAACGUCCAUCAUCUUGGGUUGAUUUCUGUGGCCUAGAAAGGGACUUUAUGGCUAGGACCAGCCUUCAGUGAUCCAAGGGCCUGCAGCCUACAUGGUGGCUAAAAUAUGGUAUAUUAUGGGAACUAGUCAUUUUGACUCGGGCUGGACCACUAACAGGGCCUGGUGGUCCAACCUGGCUAAUUACUGGGAGGAGGGAAACUGAAGCAUGAGGCACAUACCUGGGUUUGGAGAGGGAUAUGCUUGGCCCAAUACCUUAACACCCCUAACCCGAGCUGUUGAGUGUGGUGAGCAAGAGCCAAGUGGCCUGGGGUGGGACAUAGCCCGUAACCCUUUUGGGGUAUUGCUCCCUUUCCCCAUUUCAUGAGGAGCCCUCUUAACUGGGAGCUUAUUCUUCAGAGGGUGUGGGCCCAAGGUGGCCAGUCAAGCGCUCCCACCCCACUUGCCUGGUUACAGGGUCCUCACUUGGGGGAAGAAAGCCCCACCUCUUGUUACUAUUUUGCACUCUUAACACCUGCCAAUAAAGAUUGUUUACACUGA